AGCCCAAGCCCGAACCGCUUUUUCCGAACUUUGUAAACGGUUUUGUAUGUUAUCAGUUCUGCGUUCUCAGUCAUUGCCCUUAAACCCUCGCGCCGAAGCGAAGCGAAGCCAUCCCUGCUGCCCUCACAUCCAAGCUUCCCUGUCUCGUCUUCAAUGGCCACAAUACCAGUUAACCCGAAGCCCUUUUUGAACAACUUGACUGGAAAGACUGUUAUUGUCAAACUCAAGUGGGGAAUGGAAUACAAAGGUUUUCUUGCGUCGGUAGAUUCAUACAUGAAUUUACAGUUAGGAAAUGCUGAAGAAUAUGUUGAUGGGGAAUUGACUGGAAAUCUAGGAGAGAUUUUGAUCAGAUGCAAUAAUGUUCUUUAUCUUCGUGGGGUCCCAGAAGAUGAGGAGAUAGAAGAUGCUGCCCAGGACUAGAAAGUGCACUUUGGCAACUGUUCGGUGAGGUGUCAUAGAGAACACUAGCAUGUUCUUAAUGAUUUGUUUGCUUAAUACUGCUAUAUUAUGGCUUAGGUAGAGCUGUAUGACCGUCUUAACUCACCUGUACUGCCCAUGUUAUUGCUGAGGCCUUGCAAAGAAAGCAAAAUCAAUUGGGAUAUUCUCUUUGAUCGACUGCAAUCUCAGCUGUUGUGCUUUCUAGCCUCACCAUUUUUUUUUGAAACUGUUCUCUCUUUUUCUUGUCUUGUGUGGUUGAUGGUAUUGGAAGUAAUGCAUUUUUGAUA